AUGUUCUUCUCCACGAAAUCAGGGAAGGGGAACAUUGGCAUGCCGCUGAUACGUCCCCGUCUCGGCAAGUCGCCUAUGGUUGACGCAUCAGACAGUCGAUCGUUGAUCGCUCGCUCUGGCAGGUUUUACCAGCUUGUGACCUGCGCCGCUCUGCACGGUUGGAGGCAGAACUUGCGAGACUGCAUGACACCAGCUACCAUCAGCCAGCCAUGCUUGAGGUUCCUGCGGCUAGACCAGCUUAAAGCUUUCAGCCGACGACACCUGGCUGCUGUCACUGAGGCUGGAAAGUUUAUCUCACUCCAUCCAGAUGGUCAGAUCAGCCUCGGACAGAAUCAGUCGUCGUGCCUGUGA